UGGGCCGGUGUUCCUGCCACAUCCUCAGAUCCCCUCCACUCCCUGUUUCUCUGCACGGAGGGAGGCAGCGGCACUACCAGCGUGUGGGGAGUGGGCACUGCUGCCGACCAGCUCCCUGAUCCUGCUAGACCAUCUGCCCUGGGCUCAAAGCUACUCCACAGGCACCAUGAGGAGUGCCCUGCUGUUCGCAGCCAUUCUGGCCAUUAGCCUGGUUCACGGUUUGGGGGCUGUCUGUGAGGACUCACGGGAGCAGGUGGUGCCCGGUGGGGGCCACAACAAGAAGGACUUGGACCUCUACCAGCUGCCUCCAUCUUUGCUCCGGAAACUCUAUGACAGCCGCUCAGUCUCUCUGGAUGGAUUGCUCAAAAUGCUGAGCAAGGCUAGCGUGGAUCCUAAGGAAUUGCCACUUCCCCAGAAACGUGACAUGCACGACUUCUUCGUGGGACUUAUGGGCAAGAGGAACAGCCAGCCAGACACUUCUAUUGAUGUAAACCAAGAGAAUGUCCCCAGCUUUGGCACCCUCAAGUAUCCCCCCAGUGUGGAAUGAGCACUCCACUUCUGGACUCGUGGGCUGCAUCAUGAAGACACCUGCCCCCCACUUCCCAACCCCCAGCUGCACGUGCUCUAUUUCCCUUUCUUCGCCCCCCCCCCUCCACCUUGUAACACUCCUGUGCUUUGACUCCUUCCCCAUCCCUCUACCUCACCGUGAUGGAGAAACUGCAGAGUGAG